CUAAGUAAAGGGGAAAUUGUCACUGUUACUUAAAAGACUCGAGCAGGAUUCAUCUGUUUAGGUGUUAAGUUGCCGUUUAUCUUACCCAACAUGAGGACUUUGGAAGAGGUGCUGGCGACUCUGGAGAUCGCUAAACUGAAGGAAGAAGAUCUGCAGAAAACUAUUCACUGUCUGUCUUUUGGGAACAAUGUUUCAUCUUCAGACUACUGCCUGAUGGAGCUGGACGACACGCUGUGCAAACACAUAGAAGCUGGGCAAAGUCUGGUGAUUCGAGGGGAUAAGGAUGAGCGUGCUGUGCUGUGUAGUGGUGACAAAACCUAUGAUCUAAAAAUUGCCGACACAUCCAACCUGCUGCUCUUUGUGCCAGGAUGCAAAACACCUGACCAACUAACUAACAGCCAGGACAGCACUGAGGUGGCGCACACUCAGAUUUGGGGAUUUUGUAACAGUUACUGGGAACUGAGGAAACAGCGGCCCAAACUGAAGAAACUGAAGAAGAUUUUAAUGGAGAAUCCUUAUGAAGGACCUGCUUUUGGAGGACAGGAGGAAAACACAGACAACAGGUACACAAUGCAGGAUCUGUUGGAGAAGAUCCAGGCCAGUGAAGAAGAGAUACAGACCCACUUAGAGACCAUCCACGCCUGUCAGAUUGAUGGCUACUGGCGAGUGCUGGACUUUGACUACGAGAUGAAGCUGCUCGGUCAUGUGACUCAGCUGGUGGAUUCUGAGUCAUGGUCUUUCAACAAGGUUUCUCUUCAAACCAGUCUGGAAGAGUUAGCCCCACUGGAGCCCAUAGACAUGAUUGAGCACUGUUUAAACUGCUACGGCAACCGCUACACUGAAAAUGAUCAAGUGUUUUAUGCCCUGCAUGAGGAUAAAGUUUGUCGGGCCACGGCGUUACUGCUGCUACAGAAUGCUGUUAAGUUCAACCUGAGGGAGUUUCAGGAGGUCUGGCAGCAAAGCGUCCCAGACGGCAUGAGCACACAGCUGAACCAACUCAAGAGCUUCGCCCUGGUGGACCGCAGCUCCCGUCCAGAGACCAUCUGCCUGCUGAGGGUGGAAGAUCUCCCAGAAGACACGUUAGAGCGCUUUAACCAUCUCUUCACACUCAAAGAGAAAUGGACAGAGGAGGACAUCACACCGUACAUACAGGACUUGUGUGGAGAGAAACAGACCACUGGAGCCCUCCUCACCAAAUACGCUCGAUCUUCAAUGCAAAAUGGCAUCAAAGUCUUCAACUCCAGAAGGCCUGUCGCUACAUGAACAUAUCGACUGUCCAGUAUCGCCUUUACAUUUGAAAAAAUGAUGUGUUUAUAUGUAUCCUCUGUAACUAUUGCACUUACUGCAAUGUGUUAAAUUUCAAAGACAUUAA